AUGGGUUUACUUCUCGAUUGUUUUCGUGGUUCAAAGAGUGAACGAAAUUCUGAUUCAAAUGCUGUGAUUACACCUGAUGUGGAUUCUCGUCGACAAACAGCAGCUGAAGCUGCUAGCCGUCGUAUACAGCAAAAUGAAAGACGUGGUGUUGAUGAAGAUGAAUUACGUCGAUUGAAACAGCGUCAAAGUGAACUUGAACGUAUCGAACAACAACAAGCAAAAUUACCUAAACAAACUGAUAAUAGUGGUGGUCUUCGAUGGCAAAUGAAUUGA